AUGGCAAGCUUCAGGUUCUCCGUCUUCUACCUCCUUCCCUUCAUCCUCGUCACCCUUGUAGCGGUCGAGGGCGCCGGCGACGAGCGCAAAACAUACAUCGUCCACGUGCAACCGCAGGCGAACCACGUGCUGGACACGGCCGACGACCGGAAGGCGUUGUACCAGUCGUUCCUCCCCGACCAUGGCCGGCUCCUCCACGCGUACCACCACGUCGCCAGCGGCUUCGCGGCCCGGCUGACGCAGCGGGAGGUCGAGGCCAUGUCCGACCUGCCCGGGUUCGUCGCCGCGGUGCCGGGCAGGGUCUACAAGCUGCACACGACGCACACGCCGCAGUUCCUCGGGCUGGACACGCAUCAGGGCGCGAGGAACUGUUCGUACGGAUCCGGCGACGGCGUCAUCAUCGGGGUGCUCGACAGCGGCGUCACUCCCGACCACCCCUCCUUCAGCGGCGAUGGCAUGCCGCCGCCGCCGGCCAAGUGGAAAGGGAGGUGCGACUUCAACGGCCGCUCCGUGUGCAACAACAAGCUCAUCGGUGCUCGCGUCUUCGACACAGCCGGGAACGGCACCGCCUCCUCUAGCGGCGCGCCCCUGUCGCCGAUCGACGUGGAUGGGCACGGCACGCACACGUCAAGCACGGCGGCGGGCGCGGUCGUGGUAGGCGCUCAAGUGCUGGGCCAGGGCAGGGGCACCGCGUCCGGCAUCGCGCCGCGUGCGCACGUCGCCAUGUACAAGGUGUGCACCCUGGAGGACUGCACAGACGCCGACAUACUUGCCGGCAUCGACGCCGCCGUGGCCGAUGGUUGUGAUAUCAUCUCCAUGUCCCUUGGCGGGCCGUCGGUGCCGUUCCACGAGAACAGCAUGGCCGUCGGCACGUUCGCCGCAGUGGAGAAGGGAGUGUUCGUCAGCAUGUCGGCCGGCAACUCCGGACCGGACCACACCACGAUGGAGAAUGAGGCGCCAUGGAUGCUCACCGUCGCCGCGAGCACCAUGGACCGUUUGAUCAGAAGCACGGUGCGGCUUGGAAACGGGCUCGCCUUCGACGGCGAGUCAGUGUACCAGCCAAACAUGUCGGCGGCCGUCUUGUACCCGCUGGUCUACGCGGGCGCGAGCUCGACGCCCGACGCGAAUUUCUGCGGCAACGGCUCGCUGGACGGCUUCGACGUCAGGGGCAAGAUAGUGCUCUGUGACCGUGGCAAUGGCGUGCUGAUGCUUGCGAAAGGCGUCGAAGUGCUGAGAGCCGGAGGCGUUGGCAUGGUUCUGGCCAACCAGUUCAUCGACGGCUUCAGCACACUCGCCAUCAGCCACGUCCUCCCGGCGUCGCAUGUCAGCCACGUCGCCGGAGCGGCGAUCCUCAACUACAUCAAGACGACGGCGAGGCCGACGGCGCAGUUCUCCUCCGGAGGCACCCUCCUCAGCACGUCGCCGGCGCCGGCAAUCACUUUCUUCUCCUCUCGUGGGCCGAGCACGCAGAACCCUGGCAUUCUUAAGCCAGACAUCACGGGCCCUGGCGCGAGCGUGCUGGCCGCAUGGCCGUUCCAUGUAGGCCCACCGUCGGCGGGCACGGAUCACGGGCCGACAUUCAACUUUCAGUCCGGUACGUCAAUGUCCGCCCCGCACCUCGGUGGCAUCGCCGCGCUGAUCAAGAGCAAGCACCCGGAAUGGUCGCCGGCGGUGAUCAAGUCGGCCAUCAUGACAACCGCCUACACCACCGACCGCUUCGGCAGGCCAAUACUCGAUGAGCAGCUCAGGGCCGCCGACUUGUUCGCUGUUGGAGCCGGCCAUGUCAACCUCGAGAAGGCCAUGAACCCCGGCCUAGUGUACGACAUUACUCCCGCCGACUACAUCGGCUUUCUCUGCGGCCUAUACACGAACAAGGAAGUCUCCGUUAUUGCGCGCAAGGCGGUGGACUGUUCAGCCGUCAAGGUGAUCCCGGAACGUCUACUGAACUACCCAUCGAUCACCGUCAUCUUCCCCCCAUCAUGGGACUCGACGGUUCCAAUGUUGGUGGAACGCACGGUGAAGAACGUCGGAGAGGUGCCGGCGGUGUACUACCCUCAUUUCGACUUGCAAGACAAUGCCAUGAAUGUCAGCGUCGUCCCGGCAUCGCUAGGGUUCAGCCGCGUGAACCAGGUAAAGACUUACACGGUGACCGUAUGGCCGAGGACAGGAAAGGCUUCCAUGGUGGUGCAGGGCGCGCUCCGGUGGGUGUCGGAUAAGUAUACUGUGAGGAGCCCCAUCUCCGUCACGUUCGCCGGGCAAUAG